AUGGAAGUGGAGAAGAGCAGCAGGAGGAGCUGCUUCACUCAGACCUCCUGCCUGGGUGCAGAUUUAGGGGAGGACUCCCAGCUGGAGUAUCUCAGUGCUCACGAGGAGUACGAGGAGGAGAAGAGCAACUGGAGUGAGUUUUCUGAGCAGGAGGAGGUUGCAGAGGUGAAGGCUGUGCCACCCCGAAUCACAGCAGGGGAAGAAGCUUCUGGAAAGAGCCUCAGACCCAGCCAGAGCGUGGCAGCGGAGCCAGACAUUGCUUCCCUGCCUCCCAGCCAGGAGGCCCAGCCCUGCAAACAGGGAGAGCCCUCCUACUUCAGCAGCUGUGAAAAACCAGCUCGUGGCACCAGCAGCACUGCAGAGGGUGCUGACACCCAGCUCCCAGCCCCUGAAAUCCUCCCUGGCAAGAACCCUCCUGUGGAAGCUGCAGAUAAAUCCUCUGCUGGGAGGUCAGAGCGUGGUGACGCCCUGAGGAGCGUCCCCAGUGUGGCUGUGGAUGCUGGCUCUGGUCCCAGGGCUGGGUUCCCGGCCAGCAGUGCCCAGGUGUGUCUGUGCUCCAGGGCAGUGAGCACAGAGGUGACCGUGGUGAGCAGAGCUCCUCAGGGCUGGCUGGGUCAGACCUCUGUGGACGCUGCUUCCAACACAGAAUGGCCCACGGGAGCUCUCAGCUCACACCUGCAGGAGGAAUCGAAAGAUCAUCUUGGCUGGAAGACAGGCACCGACAGGCCAGCACAUCCCAACAAGCAAACUGGGAAGAAUUGUGCAUCGAGCUGCUGUCAGAACGUCCUGCAGAGAGCAAUUGAAGCAGAGCUGCAGCUCCUGGCCAUCCAUUAUGAGAUGUGCUACCAGCACUGCUUGAAGGUUUAUGAGCUGGCUUUGGAGGAAAACACCUGUCUUGGGAGCUGCGAGAAGAAGGCUGAGUUACAUUCGUCUCUGCUGCUGGCUUUGGAUGAACUGGACAAUAAUUACAGCACCAUGAGGAAGGAAAUAAACGUGGGCACACCUUUAAAUGAACUUCCACCACUGUCAGUUGAGCUGAAGUUUCCCCCCCUCUCUUCCUUUUACACUGCCUCCAAGUUUUUCAGAAAGAUUCUUUACUCUGAUUCUCGGAUGUGUUUUAGUGAUCUUUCAGGUGAAGGGAAAGCUGACUUUGAAGAACCAAAACAGCAAGAAAAGGGGAUUUCUGUCAAUAUGGUAGGGAAUUCUUUACUCCUGGGUAUUGGAGGUGGUCAUGCUGAGAAAUAUUUUCUCCUUUUAGGUGCCUGCAAAUGUGAUCAGAGUCUUCAGGGCUCUCAGCCUGGGAUCCUCUGUGACUCUGUUUCCCCUGAGAGGUGGGAAGAACUGAUUAAAGAUCAGGCUCUGGAACGUGGCUGUGUAAAAAAUGAGGAAGGAAGUGAGUAUUGGUUUGAUGCUAAAGAAGAGUUGUCAGUGGCAGAUAUUUCAGUAAUGUGCAAGGAAAUGAAAAAGCAACAAGGAAAGCAAGACUCGAUUGACUCAAGAGGUAAAGUUGUGUGCUUUAAACUGAUAACCCAAAUAAUGCUGUUUGUUAUUGGACAAUUCCAGGAUCCUGGGGAAAAUUCCCUGCAGAAAACAUCCACUUGUUCCUCACUGAAGUCAUCUUGUAUCUUUGUUUCUCCUUAUGCACUGAACUUGAGCAGCUUUACCAAGUUAGUAAGGAGACUUCAAGAAAAGCAUCCAGAGUUCAGCAGAGCUGAAAUUGUGGGGGCUGUGCAGGAGGUGAGGAGAAUGAACAAAGGAGUGCUGAGUGGCUUGGCCAUCAGUGCUAUUGAGGAGAAGGCCUCUGCCAUUCUGAGGAGUUCCACACCCUACUCUCAGUAGGAGAAACCCUGAGAAAGGCCCAAAGUUCUGAGAGCUCCCUGUAUUUUGGAUUCCAACAUCUGGAGUGCUUCGCUGCUGAGCUGUGUGGAGAGCACUGUCACACACCUUCGGUGCACAGCUGACACCUACCGGCCAGGCCUUGUGUAGCCUCUGAUCCAUCCAGAAAUCCCAGCCCUGGCUCCCUUCUGCAUCCCAGCACUGAUGGGUUCUGUCUGGGGCUCCAUUUUACAUCCCAGCACUGAUGGUUCCUGUCUGGGGCUCCAUUUUACAUCCCAGCACUGAUGGUUCCUGUCUGGGGCUCCAUUUUACAUCCCAGCACUGAUGGUUCCUGUCUGGGGCUCCCCUCUGCAUCCCAGCACUGAUGGGUUCUGUCUGGGGCUCCAUUUUACAUCCCAGCGCUGAUGGUUCCUGUCUGGGGCUCCAUUUUACAUCCCAGCGCUGAUGGUUCCUGUCUGGGGCUCCAUUUUACAUCCCAGCACUGAUGGGUUCUGUCUGGGGCUCCAUUUUACAUCCCAGCACUGAUGGGUUCUGUCUGGGGCUCCAUUUUACAUCCCAGCACUGAUGGUUCCUGU